AUGACCAUUCUCUCUAGUUUGAGUCCCUGCUCUGUCCUCAAUAGCUGCAGCGGCCUAGAUGCAGGUACAGAUGCUUUGAAGCCAGACAAGCCUUCAAGAACAGCCCUUGCAUACGAACUUAAAGUGGAGGAGAGCAGCAAUCCCAAAGAGCUAAUGCCUAACAUAACAAACGAAACCACUACUACGAGCACUACAGUCUACGGCAUUCACACAGACCUCGUCGACGGAUGCAAAGUAAACAAACCGUGA